GAUAUGACCAAAAGGGAAACCUCAUUGCUAUUUAAAGUCUCAAAACCACAUGUUAUAGAGCAUAUCUACUAUUUUUUGCAAUAAUGGAGAAAGCCUUCACAUUUUUUCUCUUAACACUCUUGUUGCUUAUGGCUAGUUCAGCCAUGACCCAUACCAACGUUACCACCGAUCAAUUAUCUCUUUUGUCCUUAAAAUCUCAAAUCAUUUCCGACCCCUCUCACUUCUUGCAUGAAAACUGGUCUCCCGUUGUUUCUGUUUGUCAUUGGGUUGGAGUCAUUUGUGGUUAUCGUCACCAACGAGUGAAGUCCUUAAAUCUUUCCAACAUGGCUCUAACGGGUAAGAUUCCCCCUGAUUUUGGAAACCUCACACAUCUUGUUUCUCUAGACUUGGGAAGCAACAAUUUCCAUGGAAAUUUGCCUCAAGAAAUGGCACGCUUGCGUCGGCUUAAGUUUCUUGAUUUAAGUGUCAACAACUUCAGAGGGGAGGUUCCUUCUUGGCUUGGGUUUUUGCACCAACUUCGAUUUCUAAAUCUUAGGAAUAAUAGUUUCACUGGUUCCAUCCCUUCUUCAUUUUCUAAUAUAUCCGAACUUGAGACUUUGAAUCUGAAAUUCAAUUCCAUAGAGGGUCAAAUCCCAAAAGUGAUUGGAAAUAUUCUAAACCUUAGAGUGUUAAACUUGGGAGGUAACAAGCUCGUAGGCUUUAUUCCUACGUCACUCUUGAAUGCCUCAAGGUUGGAGAUUUUGGAGAUAUCUUAUAAUUCACUUCAAGGAAACAUCCCAGAAGGGAUCGGCAAUCUUCACAACUUGAACUGGUUGUCCAUACAAUAUAAUCACCUUACGGGUUCUAUACCAUUUACAAUUUUCAAUAUUUCUAGGAUGGAAUUCAUUGCAUUUACUGGCAAUAGCUUAUCAGGAAGUCUUCCCAAUGGUUUAUGCAAUGGUCUCCCAUUACUCAAAGGGCUUUAUCUGUCUUAUAACAAGCUUCACGGUCAUAUGCCUACAAGCUUAUCAAGUUGUUCUCAACUUCAAAUAUUGUCUUUAUCAUAUAAUGAGUUUGAUGGACCAAUACAUAGUGAAAUUGGCAGAUUGAGUAACUUGCAGAUAUUGUAUCUUGGAACUAACCAUUUCACUGGGAUGAUUCCACAAGAAAUUGGAAAUCUUGUUAAUUUGGUAGAGUUAGCCAUGGCUAAAAACCAGAUUACUGGCUCUGUCCCGACCUCCAUAUUCAAUAUCUCAUCGCUGCAACUUUUGUCACUGUGGCAGAACAAUCUUAGAGGAUUCUUACCACGGGAGAUUGGGAACUUAACCAAGAUGCAGCGUCUAGAGCUUAGUGGAAAUAAGCUUAUAGGUGAAAUACCCAAAGAGAUAAGCAAUCUCGUUGAGUUGGAGGAACUUGAUCUUGGGAGAAAUAGUUUUAGUGGUUCACUUGAUAUGGAGAUCUUCAACAUAUCAGGGCUGAAAAUAAUAUAUCUUUCAUUCAACAAUCUAUCAGGAAGCCUCCCACCAAACAUAGGUUCCAUCUUACCCAACAUUGAAGAGCUUUAUCUGAGGAACUUAACCAAUCUUGUUGGGACUAUUCCUCAUUCCAUCUCCAAUUGUUCAAAACUUACUAUUCUUGAGCUUUCUAACAACCAACUCACUGGCUUGAUUCCCAAUUCUCUUGGAUAUUUGACUCAUCUACAGAUACUAAAUUUAGGGGGAAACAAUUUAACCAGUGACUCAUCAUUAAGCUUCCUGACUUCCUUAACCAAUUGUAGAAAUUUAACAGACCUUUAUCUAUUUUUGAACCCACUAAAUGGCAUGCUUCCGGUCUCUGUAGGGAACUUUUCUACGUCUCUAAUAAAAUUUUAUGCCAGCAGUUGCAAAAUCAGGGGGCGAAUUCCAGAUGAAGUUGGGUACUUAAACAGCUUAUUUGACCUUGAUCUUACUGGAAACAACUUGGCUGGAUCGAUUCCCACGUCAAUCGGCAACUUGAGAAACCUGCAGGGUUUGUUCUUGAGUAAUAACAAACUUACAGGAUCUAUCGGUGAUAAUCUAUGUAAAUUGCAGCGCUUAAAUGUCAUUGACUUGACUCAAAAUCAACUUUCAGGUUCUCUUCCUAAUUGUUUAGGAAAGGUUACAUCCCUUAGAGAGAUAUAUGUGGGUUCAAAUGUAUUGAGUUCCAAUACACUACAAAGCUUAGGGAACCUUAAAGAUUUAGUGGUUCUUGACCUAUCGUCAAACAACAUGGUUGGUUCUUUACCUCCAGAAAUAGGAAAUUUAAAGGCUGCGACACUGAUAGAUCUGUCAAUGAAUCAAUUCUCAGAUGGAAUUCCUAGAGAAAUUGGAGGAUUGCAAAAUCUGGUGCAGCUUUCUUUGAGACACAACAAUUUGCAAGGAGCUAUACCCGACUCAAUGAGCAACAUGGUAGGUUUGGAAUUCCUAGACCUUUCAAAUAAUAAUAUAUCUGGAACAUUCCUAAGUCUUUGGAGAAGCUUCAAAAGUUGAAGUGUUUCAAUAUUUCUGUCAACAAAUUGUAUGGUGAAAUACCCUCGGGAGGUACUUUCAAGAACCUCUCGAGUUAGUUUUUCAUCUACAAUGAAGCAUUGUGUUGUUCUUCAAGAUUUAGUGUCCCGCCAUGCCCCACUUCAUCAAAACACAGAUCAAAUAUUAAAAAAUUUCUAGUUCUUUUUCUUUUGCUGGGUAUUGCCUUAGUAGUUGUUCCUAGCACCUUUAUUUUUUUAUGGAUAAGGUAUAGAAAAGGUAAAAGAGCUCCUCAACAAGCUGAUUCAUUGUCUGCCAUCACAAGAGAAAGAAUUCCAUACUAUGAAUUGAUCCAAGCAACUGAUGCGCUUAGCGAGAGUAAUCUGAUUGGUUCUGGAAGUUUUGGCUCUGUUUACAAAGCUGUUCUCAAAAGUGGAACUGCCAUUGCAGUUAAAGUGUUCAACCUGCAACUAGAUGCGGCAUUCAAGAGUUUUGAUACGGAAUGUGAAGUUUUGUGCACACUUCGCCAUAGGAAUCUCGUUAAAGUCAUUAUUAGUUGUUCCAAUCUUGAUUUCAAGGCUUUAGUGCUCGAGUGUAUGCCUAAUGGAAGUCUUGAGAAGUAUUUGUAUUCGCACAACUACUUCCUUGACACCAAGCAGAGACUAUCGCACAACUACUUCCUUGACACCAAGCAGAGACUAAGCAUAAUGAUAGAUGUGGCAUGUGCUUUGGAAUAUCUUCACCAUGGGUGCUUGUUGCCUGUUAUUCACUGUGACGUGAAGCCUAGUAAUGUCUUGCUGGAUGAAGAUAUGGUUGCCCAUCUCAGCGACUUUGGCAUUUCAAAACUGCUUGGUGAAGAUAAGGGUGAUUUGUACACUAAAACCUUAGCAACAUUGGGGUAUAUUGCACCAGAGUACGGACUGGAUGGACUAGUAUCAACAAAGUGUGACGUCUAUAGUUAUGGGGUCAUGUUGCUGGAAACAUUUACCAGGAGAAAGCCUAAUGAAUUUGAUGGAGAUUUUAGCUUGAAGCAAUGGGUGAGUUAUUCACUCCCAGAAGCAGUAAUGGACAUUGUAGAUGUCAACUUGGUAACACCACAGGGUAAUCAGAAGGAGAUAGAUGUUGUGGCUUCAAUCAUGAAAGUUGCAUUAGAUUGUUGUGCUGAAUCUCCGGCAAGAAGGACAAACAUGAAAUAUGUUGUAGGGAUGCUGCAGAAGAUCAAGAUUCAACUCCUUGCAUGUUGAGCAUGUUUUUGGAAUCUGUUGCUCCAAUCUCAUGAUUGUUUUUUUGUUUUGUUUUGUUUUAGCACUUGAUUUGUGAAUGAUUCUGUUUUCAGAAAUGCUAGAUGGUUGCAAUAACUCUCACUGUUUCUUCUUAAUAUUAUUGUUUGCAAGGUGUUAAUUCCUC